CAUUUAAACUUAAUUUUAUAACAUAUAAAAUAUAAAAAUUGUUUGUCUGGAUAAAUAAAAUUUAUUUAAGUAUAUGUACCAAUUUAAUUAUAUACGUAAUAGUUACUAAAUUUUUAAUUAUUCAAUAUAUAUUUAUUAUUUCAUAAUAUGUAAAAAAUAUAUAAUACUUAAAAAUAAUUUAUAUAUAAUAUUCAUCCCUCUUAACCUAGUUCAACAUUAAAACCGAAACAAUAUUUUUUUUCACCGCGUGGCUAUAGUGGUAGGCACAACACUUUUUUCAGGUCUAAAUACUCUUGAAACAAAAUCACAAUCAUAUAGGAAAUUUGAGCUUGUGUUUUAAAUAACAUUCCGAUAACUGACAAUUCGGCUAUCUAUUAUCAAUAAUUAAUCGGAAAGUUUUUUAAACUUGAGUGAAUCAAUGUGAUAACUAAUUUCUUCCAGUAUUGAUAAGAUGAUCAUCUGAUAGGACAUAUAAAAAUAUCAAUGAUUUAAGAAGUUUUUACUAAUUUUUCAAUUCAACUAAAUUGAACAUAUACCAAAAGACAAAGAAUAAUAUAACAAACAAGCUUACACAUAAAUAUUUGGAAUAUAUAUUUAAAUAUGGUAAUAUGUUACGUACCAACGAUUUGACUAUCCGAAUCUUCAAAGUAAGUUCUUGUUGUAGAAAAAAAAGAAAUCUUUCGGUGGUGUUACUAGACACAAAAUCAUUUAUUAUAGGUAUAACUCUCCCAAAUUUGUGACAAGUUAAAGUACUAACAGGUAGAUUACACAAUCCGAAAACAGUAUUUUGUGUGAUCGUCCUCGUUUCUAAUUUUAGAAAAUCGUGAGGCUAUGCAAUUUUACAAGUCAAUAUACAUAUUCAACAUUCUUUUCUGUUUUGUCGUCUUGUAAAAAUUGAUAAAUCUUUUUCAAAUCUCUCUCAUUUCUCCUCUAGCUUCCAUCAGUGGGUUCAGCUAAAACGUACGCGUUUAAAAAGAAUCACCAACAUCUUAAUUUUAAAAUACAAGAUAGAAUCACCAAAUGCUUCAUAUGAAAAAUAAAAGCACAAUCAUGAUUACAUAACAUGUUUGUCUAGACUAAGCGGUAUGGUAGUUGUAAACAUUUUAGUCACUAUACAAUCAUAUAAACUAGUUGCCGUAUAUGAACAUUUAACAAGUAGUUCGAGUUUCAGUCUAGUAGAUUUGCACCGCCAAAAUAGUAAGAAACGUGAUUGGAAGCAUUUUGAUUAAGAUCACACUUUCAUCUGACCGUCGGCUAUUCUCAAGUUAAUAUUCUUACGUACGCCACAAAAAUUAAUAACCCAAUAACAAUGUAUACAAUAUACAUAGUUUUGGCAAAAAUAUAUAAUAUACAUAGCCUAUCCACAUAGGUUAUACGUACAAUAAUACUGCACGGCCAAAAAACUCGUGGAAAGAAAGUAGUCUCUACUGUAUAAAUAUAUUCUACAUUACUACUUUUCUAUUAAUUCUUUAGUGGCGUCUAGUACGAUAGUUUAAAGAUGAGAAGUAUAUGAUUACGAGCAAUUUGCUUUGAGAGGUCCCAGGUGAUUGACUCAAAGUGAGCUGUCCACAUUUGUAAGGAAGACUUACUUUACCUUAGUUCGCCGUGAAUUAAAUUAUUAGAUUACCUGCAGAGAUUAAAAGCCAAGUUUCAUAAUAGCUGGAGUCAGCAGAGUGCGUACGUUUCUUUUGGAAAUUAUAGUAUUCUUUCUUGAUGAAUCUUUGAACUAAAAGGAGACAUGGAAACAUUACAUCAAGUAUUUUCAACCACGAUGGGAAGCUAGUCGGUCACACUCCACAAGUGGUCUUUGAUUUUGGGGUGUUUCAUUGAAGGGUCCCGAAGUAGUGGUGGGGAAUAAUACUUUCUCAUCAUCUCUUUCUCUAGCUCUCACUCCACUAUAAAUAACGAAUCUUCACUUCCUUUUAAAAUACCCAUUAAACAUCACACAAGCAUCAAUUAUUUACACCAUUAAACAUAUAAUAACAAAUUAAAACGUGUUAUAUGGAAACACAACAAAGAAUGAGGGAGAAGUCGAAGGAGGAGGCAGUGAAGAAAUGGGAGAAGAAGAAGGAGUGUUCUUCACCAAAAGGAGUUGGGAAGGUUCGGAACAAGAAGAAAGGAAAGUUCUACAUUAUUGGAAAAUGUAUUACUAUGCUUCUUUGUUCACACGAGUGAUAUGAUCGUUAUCACCCACAGACCACAGUACGUAGUACAUAUAUGUGUAUCAGUGUAUGCAGAUAAUGACAGAGGUAUGAAAAGGAGAGAGAGCUCAUAUAUUUACAUCUUUACCUUUCUCUUCUUUGUAAAAGUUUGCAUAUUACCUCUUUCGGUGUUCUCUCAUUUUAUGGAGUUGUUGAGAGCCGGUUGUUCUAUAGACAAUUUCACAAAAAAAUAUAUUUUAUUUUUAACAAUUAAAAAUCUCUACGUACAUUACUUAUUAAAUUUUUAUUUUUAACAAUUUAAAAGUCUAUUUACAUUACUUCUUAAAUUUUUUUAUAGGUAAUAAUAUUUUACUUAUCUAUAGCUAGAAACCGGUCAUGCGAGUGUGUCAAUAUUAUUGUUGUUAAUUAUACAGAUAAGAAACAAGAUCCAUCUAGAACCAAAGAAACAUAUAGAACAGCUACAAAUCAAUUAGAAAUCCGUGUCAACGUUUCUCAUAUACCUAUAAAUAUAUUACAUAUACCUAUCUAAUUAGAGAGUAUUAUCAAAAACAUGAGAAAGUGAGAUUCAACGAUUAAUGAUUAUAUAGAAACGAAAGAUCAGCUACAAAUCUGAAUGAUGUAUCAGAAACAUAAGCAUCAAAUCUUAUCGAUGCAUGAAGAAACAAACAAACUAAGAAACUGGAAAAACCGUCUGCAUUAUUCUCCUAAGAUUGACGUUACACUGUGGGCAAGAGCAAUUACAAAAAGAAAGCUGCAGAAAUGUUUUUGACUAAAUCAAAGUUAAAAAAAUGUUUUUGACCUUUUUUUCUUUCAAAUUUUCAACUGCUAAAUUUCUCACAAACCGAAUGUGCAUAAGCUAGUAAUAGCGUCCAUGAAAAAUUGUUUCCGAAAGUGGUAUUUGUAACAAACUGAUGACAAAUGGUGUCUAAACUGAUAAAAUUAUCACCUCUCACAUUUAAUUAAAAAGAAUUUUAAUGAUUUUUUUUAAUGAUUCACUUCUUCCGUAAUUUUAUAGUUUACCAUUAUUUCAAGUUCUACUUUUAAUGAGGAUAAACUUGCACAUGGUAGUUCACUUUCUACUUAUAAUAUGUUUUAUGUUGAUUUUGUAUCACCUGUUUGCUUCUCUAGAUUGGUGUCUGUUUCAAAUCGGUUGAAAAAAUGUAAAAGAAUAUGAUUUAGCGGUAGUUGCCUCGUUAUUCGGUAAUGGAUUUUGGGCCUUUCUUAUUGGAUCUUCAUCGCUUAGUUUACUAAGUGAACAAUAACUAUUCAGCACAAAUAAUCUUAGAUCACAUUCGUCUUCGUCUCUCUCUUUUACUAUGUUGCACCACUGUGGUAGCUCGUCAUAGUCGUGAAGAUUUUUCUUUACUUCUAUUUAUGCACAGUGAAGAUUUUUUUCAGCUGGUUACUAGUUUCGGUGACUACUUAGGCCAUCAUUAUCCCUAAACCAUUUUUUUGGGUUUUUUUAUUAUUAUUUUUCUUUUAUUUAAAAUAAAAAUUAAAAGGUAUCUAACCGCGGGCCGCCACGUAUCAGUGGGACCUGCAAACAGUACCAGAAACAGCAAAACUUCGAUUCUUAUUUGGCUACUUUUGUGACCGAUUUUAUCUUUUUGGUGGGGCCACCAUCGUUACUUUUCUUAGAAUCUUCAUCCUAGAAACCGUGAUGUUGAUGCUCUUAGAGCAUAUAUAUCCCAAGAUUAUAAAAGGGGUUUUUGACAAAAUGUGGGCCCCACUGACGCAUGGGUCCCACAAAAUUUUUUAAAACCAUUCCCCAAAAUCAUCAAAUAAGGAUAUGUUUUUGGGGAGUUUUUGCACUGUUUGCGGGCCUCACCGACACGUGGCGGCCCGCAAUAAGUUUAAUUUUUUUAAAAAAAAAAUUUUUAAGAAAACAAAAAGAAAUUUUUUUUAAGGAUCCCAUUUGGAGUUUUACCAAUAAUCAUGGUCUUAGGUAACAAUGGUUGUAGAAACCCUCGAGAACUCUUAUGAAGGUUCAAAGUGAAAACAUGGCAACAACACCUCGAUGAGUUCAGCAAUGGAUACAUAAACAAUGCAGCUGGUGUUUCAUCAUCCGUAAGUCUUUAAUGGAUCUCCUCUCAAUGUAUUGUCCGCCAUGGUGUUUUGGGGUUCAGUUCAUGUGUUUGUCAAUGAAGAAAAGAGUUAGGAUUUCAAGAAGAGAGAUGACGUUUUAAGAUAUUUACGGUGCAUAGACAUUGCUGAAUGAAGAAGAAGACGAGGAGGAUGAUAGUGAUUGGGAACAUCUGCAGCAGAGGACGACACCUAUUGAGUUUGUGAAGUGGUGUUGUGUCAAUUGCACUAUGGCCAACCCUGGUGAUAUGCUCCAUUGCUAUGUACAUUUUUUUUUACCUUUUCAUGUUUCAGUACAAUACGCAUUAGCUAUGAAUCAGUAACUAAAGUUGAUUCCUUUUUGCAGAUAUGUGGUGACCACAAGGAAUCUGGCAUCCUGAGGCAUGGAUGUUUUGCUUCUCCAUUUUUCAAAGAUACUGGUCUCACUGAAGUCCAAGAGAAUUGUGGAGGUAGGGAUAACUUGUUUUUAACAUGCCUCAGUCACUGUAAGCAUGCUCACUUUUUUUAUUUUGAUCUUAAUCUUAGGAAGAUCAUCUGCAGCCAGGUCAACAGCUGUUGAUUGUGGACUGGGUAAAACCGCUGAUAAGCUUCUUAAUGCAUGUUCUCCGCAUCAUGUGUUUAGGCGAAUUAUGAAUUGCUUCUCAACUGUUGCAGGAUAUCCAUCAUGAAAAUGGAACUCAGGAGAUAUUCGAGCAAAACAAAUCUUUAAGCUUGCCCAACUAGAUGUAUGUCUUCUCAUGGAGUAUAAGAUUCAGUUCAGAUUUUCAGGCUGCAACUUGUCUGAAUGAUUUGAAUUGAUUUUUUUAUACACUAAUUACUAGGAAACAAUUGUAUAGGUAUUAUACAUUUCUUUGCACAUACACGAAGGAGGAAACUUCUGCUGAUGAGGUACCUUAGCAUACUUAGUUGCCAAAAUAAAUCCAUAUAUACUAGAUUCUUGUCGAUUUUGAAUUACGUGGUGUUAGAUUGUGCUUUUUAUCUUUUCAUCUAUUGAGUUGAAAGUUUCUAAUUUUUAUUACGUUGCGCAGGUUGGGACAAAUGGUGAUGAGGGUUAUUGUGUAAAUGUUCCAUGGAGUUGUGGUGGAGUUGGUGAUAAUGUAUAUAUAUAUGCCUUUCAGCAGGUUGUUAUUCCCAUAGGUACAUUACAUAGUCGUGUUCUGUUUUUUCCUGACGAGUUUGUUUGAAAUUUGAACUCUUGUUUUUUCAGAUAGUUUGGUUUCCACAAACUAGUCUCUGGCGCAGUUGAUGAUUAAUAUGCUUAGGAAGUGAACCAAUCUUCUGUAUUUAGUCUAAUGCUAACUGGAGCCGUUCCCUUGCAGCUUCUGCGUUCUCUCCUGAUUUUAUCAUCGUAUUAGUGGGAUUUGAUGCAGCUAGAGGAGACCCACUAGAAUGCUGUGAUGUAAGUUUUACACUGUUAUUGACAACUUCUGGAGUCAGUAUUGUCUUGUGCACUUCAUCAGAGGAUAUUCUGUUCAAUUUUGGUUUAAAGAAAUCAAGUUUAGUCUUUACUUACAAGUAACUCCAGCUGGUUAUUCUCGAAUGACACAGAUGCUAGGUGAUCUGUGCGGCGGGAAGAUGCUAGUUAUUCUCGAGGGCGGGUACGUGUUCGUGCAGUUUUUGAAUAAUCUCUUGUUUUCAAGAGGCAGCUUUAAAAGCUUUUCCUUUGUCAUUAAUUCCAGUUACAAUCUUUGAUUAAUAUCUUCUUCUGCUAUAGCAGUGAUGAAGUUUAAUCUGUUUUUUUAAAUCUUCAUAUGUUUGAGGAGGAGAUAAACGUUUAUUUAUGAUCCCGCUUAAUCUGUAAAAGUGCUUAUGGAUGAUAAUCCGGAGAACGAGUUGCCUAUAGCGACUACGCCUUCAAGAGCUGGCCUGCAAACUGUUAUUGAUAUAAUGAAUAUCCAAAUGAAGUUCUGUCCAUUACUUGCUACCGCCUAUUCUAAAUUACUCUCAGAGUGGGAAACACAUCUGAUUAAAAACAAAAGUGAGUGAUUCUUCCCAAGAAAAACAACUGCAUCCUUCUUCGUUGCACUCUUCUCCUAAUGGGAUCUCACUGGUUUUACAGAAAAUCAGGUGAAAAGGAAGCUUGUUCAGGUCCCUACAUGGUGGAAAUGGAGUCGAAAGAAGCUUUGUACAACGUUCUCUCUGCUCGUAUGGAUUCAAGAUCAAAUAGAUGAUAUAAACACAUCUUCCUAACCCCUCGUGGCAACUGUAUUCUAAUUCAAAAUCUUUUGAUACCACUAGAAUACUACUUUGUCUCAGAACACUGAUCUAGAUAUCUCGAUUCUGUUCAGUA